AUGUCCCCUCUUGCUUUCGAUCUUGAGUUUUUGGAAGACGCGAAAGCACUUUUGCCUAACAAUGACUCAAAUGAACCAGACACGAAAGAUCUCAAUGCUCGUCGUCUCGAGUGGAUCGACACCCAAGAAAAGCGAUAUGGUCAUUUACCAGAUGAUCCGAAUGUCACGGUGACUGCUUUAAAGAUACCUUUCCCUGGACACAGCGAACCGGUCUCCGUGUACCAACUAUGUCCCACACGAGGAGGAGAAUCGACUUCACCUUUUCCUGCUAUAAUCCAUACCCACAGUGGAGGUUUUAUUUAUGGUUCAGUUCCAUACCUUCUGAAAAGACUCAAGCAUCAAGCCGCGGAAUGUGAGGUCCAAAUUUUCAGUGUCGAUUAUCGUCUUGCGCCCGAGUUUCCUCACCCGAUCCCAAGUCUGGAAUGUUGGACCACCUUAAAUUGGAUACAUGCCAACGCCACAGAGUUGAAUGUUGACCCAGCUCGCAUCGCAGUCAUGGGGGAAAGUGCAGGAGGAAAUCUCGCCGCAGCGACCGCUGUGAUGGCCCGAGACCGGGCAUUACAACCACCGUUAGCCAAACAGAUCCUUGUUUAUCCAAUGCUUGAUGACAGCACUAUCUACCCAAAUCAGGAGCUGGAGCGACUAGCAAUUUGGAAUCAUGAUGAUAAUCGAGAUGCUUGGGGAGCUUAUCUGGGAAACUUGGAUAAAGUGGGAGGGCCAAACACAGACCACUACGCUGCCCCUGCAAGAGUGCUAGAUGUCGCUGGUCUUCCUUCAACAUAUAUGGAAGUGGGCGGACUCGAUCUCUUUCGGGAUGAGUGUAUCAAAUAUGCCAGUCGCAUUGCGAAGUGCAACAUUGACUGUGAAUUGCACUUGUAUCCCGGCGUGACACAUUCGUUCGAGGCGAUCGGGCCUCGAGCUCCAGUGUCCGUCAGAGCAUGGGCAAAUCUGAAGGCAGCUAUGAUGAGCUUCUAA